CGAACCCAACCCCACACGACCGCCGGCUAGAACCUGGUAUCCCAUCGGUAUGCUGUAGCUGUACACGUAUCACACGCUUGUUCUCGAAGGUUCUACGGCCCCCUGAUUUGCUGGCAACCCACCGCGAGCGAGCCGCCUUUCCCGUCACGAGAAGGAAACGGACGGAGGGGGUCAGAGGGCACAACUCGGCGCAGCGACGCUGUGGCAGGAGCGAGCGAACCUCUCCGACAAGGGGGCGGGGACCAACAAGGCCGGCAAGAUUCGAGGGGGCGGCGGAGCCAAGCGGAGGCCACCGGAGUCGGCGUCUGCGCGGGGCGGCCGCCGGCGCAAGGAGCCGCCCGCUGCGGCGCCCAAGGAGAUGGGGGUCAACUAUUACAAGGUCCUCGGCGUCGACAGGGGCGCCAACGACGACGACCUCAAGAAGGCCUACCGCAAGCUCGCCAUGAAGUGGCACCCUGACAAGAACCCCACCAAUAAGAAGGAGGCCGAGGCCAAGUUCAAGCAGAUCUCCGAGGCGUACGAGGUCCUUAGUGAUUCCCAGAAACGCUCAAUCUAUGACCAGCUAGGGGAAGAAGGGCUCAAGGGGCAGCAGCCCCCAGGUGCAGGAGGUCCUGGUGCAUCUUCCUUCUACCCUGGCGGUGCCCAGUCCACUUCAUUCCACUUUAAUCCAAGGAGUGCAGAUGAUAUAUUUGCUGAGUUUUUUGGGUUCAAUGCACCAUUAUCUGGCAUGAGUGGCAUGGGUGGAAUGGGUGGAAUGGGUGGCAUGUCAGGUGGCACUGGCGGGAUGAGAGGGGACCCAAGGUUCUAUGCUGGGUCACCUAUGUUCAGCAACGAAUUCCGCUCUUCAAGAUUUGGCACAGAGAGUUCUGCCAGUAAUAUGCCACGCCCAUUGCACAAAGCAGCACCUAUUGAGAAUAGGCUUCCAGUUACCCUUGCAGAUUUGUACAAGGGUGCAGCCAAAAAGAUGAAAAUCUCAAGAGAGGUCAUAGAUGCCAAUGGGAGAGUCUCACAGCAAGAAGAAAUAUUGACAAUAGAUAUAAAGCCUGGUUGGAAGAAGGGGACAAAGAUCACUUUUCCUGAAAAGGGGAAUGAGGCUCCAACCAUGACACCUGCUGAUAUUGUUUUCAUCGUUGAGGAGAAGCCCCAUGAUGUUUUCACCAGGGAAGGAAAUGAUCUUGUCAUGACAGAGAAAAUCUCUUUGGUUGAAGCGCUGACUGGCUAUACCGUGCGUGUCACUACACUUGAUGGACGAAGUCUGUCGGUACCUAUUAGUUCGGUGAUCCAUCCUAGCUAUGAAGAGGUGAUCCCUGGAGAAGGCAUGCCAUUGCCCAAGGAGCCGAGUAAGAAGGGAAAUCUGCGGGUUAAAUUCAACAUCAAGUUCCCUUCCAGGCUCACCGCUGAUCAAAAAGAUGGGAUCAAAAGGCUUUUCGGUUGUUAGCCGUAGAUGGCAUUCUAUAGUGAAAGUGAUUGUGAAUAUUGCCGUCAUGUAGCUAGGUAGAUUUCUAUAUGUCUGGAGGAGGCAAUGAGCGGCAAGUGAUUUAAGGAGGGUGAUUCCGUGACAUUAACAUACCUGUAACAUUAUAGUGUUAUGUGAUGCUUUUUAUCCCCAUAAUUUCCUAGAGGCUUUUGACAUAUGCAAGAAGGUGAAUGUUGCCAUUGUUGAA